CAACAUUUCAUUGUGAUGCGGAUAACGGUGGCUCAGUGGUAGAAUUAUUUCAUUGUGAAUAAACGUGGAUUAAAUUUAAUCAAAAAUCAUAGUUAAAAUGAAAGUAGUAGCAUUAAUAAGUGGUGGAAAAGAUAGUUGCUACAAUAUGAUGCAAUGUGUUGCUGAUGGUCAUGAAAUUAUAGCCUUGGCAAAUUUACAACCCAAAGAAGAUGAAGUUGAUAGUUAUAUGUAUCAAAGUGUUGGCCAUAAUGUGCUUGACAUGUACGCUACUGCCAUGAAUUUGCCAUUGUUUAGGAAUAAAAUUGAGGGUAAACCAUUGAAUCAAAACUUUGACUAUCAGCCUACAGAAGGAGAUGAAGUGGAAGAUUUGUACAACUUGCUUCUUGAAAUUAAGAAUUCAUUAGACAUUGAAGCUGUAUCUGUAGGUGCAAUAUUUUCUGAUUAUCAACGGUUAAGAGUUGAAAAUGUCUGUAGUAGAUUAAACCUAAAAGUGUUAGCUUAUCUGUGGCACAGAGAACAAGCUGAACUUCUGAAAGAAAUGAUUAACUGCAAAAUUUCAGCUAUAAUCAUAAAAGUGGCUGCAUUAGGACUAGAUCCAAAGAAACAUUUAGGAAUGACUUUAGAAGAGAUAUAUCCUCAUAUGAUUGAAAUGAAUAAAAAAUUUGGAUUGAAUGUUUGUGGUGAAGGAGGAGAGUUUGAGACAUUUACCCUUGAUUGUCCAUUAUUUAAGAAGAAACUCACAGUUGUUGAUAAAGAAGUGAUUAUUCAUUCCAAUGAUGCUUUUGCUCCCGUUGGAUAUUUGAAAUUAAAUCAAGUUGUUUUAUCUGAUAAAAAUAUGGGUGAACAUUUGACCCAAAAAGAUUGUGUCCAGAAGCUUCCAAUUAAACUGCCAUCUUGUAGUACAGAGGAAUUAAAAUUGUCAUCUGAAGAAACAAAUACAAAUUGUAUGGAGAUACAAACUUGAGAUGUAUCCUUAAUUGUAUUUUCUCAACAGAGAAAAAAGGGAAAACCUGUGAUAUGUUGGGUAAAAUUUUAUAAAAAGUGAAGUCAUUAUUACAGUGGUUUCCAGUCUUUUGGGGCAUUCCUCGAUAGGGAAAAGCAUAGAAUUAUUGUAUAAAAGAUAGAUCUACUGCUGAUACCAAAAUUUUUGAAGAAAGAGAAGUCAAAUCAUUGCCGUAAAAUACUGAUCAGGAAAUAAAAUUGAGAUGGCAUUUAAAUUGUUCACAUGCACUAAGAAGGAUAUCUUUUCAGUGCGAAAUUUGGGGAAGUAUUGUGCUCAAAAAUAAGCCCACUGACUGCUUUAAUGGGCCAUUCCAGCUUUAUGUGUGUGACUUUUUGACUCCUUUUCUUUGCAAAAGCAAUAAAAAACUGUAUGAUAUUUUUUAAGUAUCUCUUAAUAGUUCUAUUGGAGUUACAGAACAUAUGUUAGAGUUUUUAGGUGGCAGUGUUUUUUUCCUAGGCUAAUUUAAAAUUUUCUUUAUAGAAUUUUAAAUGCAGUGUUACGUGUAUGUUUCUCAAAAUCUGAAAAGCUGUACCUCAUAUUAUUUUGUAAUUUCCUGUGAAGUUUUGAAAGGUAAAUGAACAGUAUUUUCUGUACCUGUGUCUAAGUAUACCAAGUAAGUAUUCCAUAAAUAUUUUUCACUCAAAAGCCUGGAAACAAAUUUUGCCCCACCCGUCUCAUUUGCAGCUCAUCAUUUAAAAUGCUUUGAACAAAACCGUAUAAGAUCUCAAUGUCAGAGCCCACUUUCCCAAUAGGCAGAGUAGGCAGCUGCCUAGGGCGGCAAAUUUUUUAGGGGCAGCAAUUUUAGCUUCAAUCUCAUUCUUUAAAGUAUUAUUCUUGAAAAUAAAACUUUAGUUCUUUUUAAAUUUUUCCCCAGUACAGCGAUGUAACUGAUCCUAACUUAUCAGCAGAGUUUACCGUAAUUGUCGAAACCACAGAAAAUGCGGUGUGACAGACUUCCAGUAAUAGGUAAUCAGUUUCUUUUUAGCUUGCGGCAGGGACCAAGUACAUCUCAUCUAGAGAACAUGCUUUUGAUCUAUACCUUUCAAGAAUUUCUUUCCCUAAACCCAAAGAAGGUCCUUUCGGAGGAGCGCAUCCAGAAAAAAAGCCUCAGUAAAACAGACAUAAGAUCUGGUUUCUCUUAAAAAGACAAUGCAGCACUGGAAGGGCUGAGUGACCAUUAUCUCCUUCUGCAUUUAAAAAGAGCAUUUUAUUUAUCUUAUACCCUUAGGAGUGUUCAUCACAAAUCAUUACUUGAAUGUUUAAAGAAUUGGAAAGUAAUUUGGGAUUACUUAAAAUACACCACCAGCUCAGUUAUUCCAUCCGAGGACUGUAGUUUCGUGCUUUUUAGCACUCAUCAAUGCAGAAUAGGAAUCACAUGAGCUGGAGGCGAAAAGCCUCUUAAGGGAACCAAGAGAGCCAAACAAACUGGUAGCAAAUGCAAGAAUUAGCAAACCAGAUGAGCGAUCGCAGCGAUGGUGCGGUUCAACUCAAAGAUUGAUGGCAAAGCAUGGUAUUUUGUAGUAAGUUACCAACCUAAGCCAGGGCAAGGGCAGAAAUACUUAAAAUACACCACUAGCUCAGUUAUUCCGUCCGAGGACUGCAGUUUCGUGCUUUUUAGCACUCAUCAAUGCAGAAUAGGAAUCACAUGAGCUGGAGGCGAAAAACGUCUUAAGGGAGCCAAGAGAGCCAAACAAACUAGUAGCUAAUGCAGAAUUAGCAAACCAGAUGAGCGAUCGCAGCAAUGGUGCGGUUCAACUCAAAAAUUGGUAACAAAGCAUGGUAUUUUGUAGUAAGUUACCAGCCCUAAAAAUGAAUCCAAGAAGAUUUAACUUACUACAAAAUUUGGGAUUAUUUAUCGCUGUUAUUACUUCCGCUCAGUAAGUUAGUUAAAACUUACUCUGUUUGGAAAAGCUUAAAUAUGUACUAUAUUGUCCAUUUAUUUGUAGAACGAAUCCAAAUAUUUUUAAAACUUUUAAUAUGUAUUGUUUUUUACUAUAGGUGACGCUUUUAAACCCCACAAUUUGAUAAUUUGAUAGUUUUAAUGUGUGUAUUUGAAUUAAAAAAAAAAAGUAAGUAAACUGAAUGAUUUUAAAAUAACGGUGUUUUUUAUUUCUCAGUUAAUUUUGUUCAGUUCUUUGUUAACGAAAAAAAUGAACUAAAUUCUGUUUUUGUCAAUUGAAAUGCUGUUGUCACUGUCUUAUGAAAGGGUUUAAAAUCAAAUGCAAAAUUUCAGACACCCAAAUACUAAAUGCAGAAUAUAAUUGUAAGAAAUAGUGUUUGAAUUCAUCAUGCUUUUGGAACGAAGUAAAAAUAAUAAAAAACUCUUUAAGCCUCGUGUAGAUUUAAAGCCGCAUAGAAAUUCAGCCUUACAGAUUGCCUGAAAAGUUUGUGAUUGCGAAUUUUAAUAGCAAUAAAAAUACUUGCUAUAUUUAAAAGGAAAAACAUGGGCUGCAUGCACUACAUUUUUUGAAUUUACUAUUCACAAAAUCAAAAUUUGAUUAUAAUAUGUAAAGUUGAAAUAUUUUGCAAUACUUAAAUUCUCUCUUUUAUGACGGGCUAGUGAAAAGUAAAGCCUCGUGAAAAUAAGUGCUUUUCAGUAUUUAAAUUGACCUUGGAUAAAUCACUUAAGUGGAGGGGGCAGUAGAUUUCAAAACUGCCUAGGGGCGGCAAGAAGCUAAAUUCGGUCCUGCUCAAGAUCUUCUGGUAGCUCUUAAAUUCGUCAUUCGUCUGUUUGAACUAAUCAUUGUUUCCACUUUUUGCAUUUUUAACAUUUUGUUUCAACUUGCUCUUUUGCAAGUUGAAACAAAAUUUAAUGUUGAUGCAUUGUUUGAAACCAAGUUUUGCGACAGAUACCAUAAACUUGACCUCACUUUAGCUGCUCUGGCAGCUGACUGACAACUUCGAACUUGUUAAAACUUGUCCCUGCCAGUCUCAUAUGAUCACGUUACUAGACAAAUCACAUCAUAUGGAUGUAACUUCAGCAGUUGCUACUAUAAAAAUUCAUUCACUCUAUUUUUUGAUCACGUCUCGUAAUUGAUUCAUUUAAUGUUUUAACAAUGCUUUUGUACAUACUUGCAAUAUACCUAGAGCCUGGUUAACCCAUCCAGAGACUGCAGUUUCGUCCUUGUUAUGGACUUGUCUGUCUGGAGUAGGGAAUAACAUAGCUGGUAGCAGAUGCAAUAGUAAAUAAUUAACUUUAUCUACUAGUUUUUUGGUACUCUCAGCUUCAAUGAGAUGACAUCUGCCUCCUUCAGGAUUAUUCCCUAUUUCAGACUGAUGAGUCCAUAGCAAGGACAAACCUGCAGUCUCUGGAUGGGACAAACAAGCUAUUGGUAUAUUGCAUAUAUCAAUUAUGUUGGUAUAGUUCUGAAUUGCCCUGACUAAGGGACGCUAACUUACUGCUGAAUGUUGGUGUAGUUUCUAUGUAACAUUUGUGGUAGUCAAUAAUAAGCAGUACGUAAAUAAUUAAAAAAAUUUCUUAUGGCAAUCAGUUUGUGUUAUGAUAAUUUUUUUUUUAAUUUUCAAAGUUGAAAUGUGAAUAAAUUCUGAGGACAAUUUUAGUAUUAAUCACUAUUUUGUAAAAAUACUUUGUUUAAAACACUCGAUUCUUGAACUAACUGUGUGAAUGUAUUGAUAUAUUUUUCAUAUACGUUUGGUAAUAAAAAUAGUUCGAAAUACCA